ACCAAAGCGGGCUCGGUUCCGGUUGUGUAAACGUGAGGAUGCUGUUAUGGUGUGAUAGUCUGGUUGCCUUGGCAACCUGGUUGCCGCAGGUUGCCGUGAAGAGCUUGAAAACAUCCUAAAAGCUUAUCCGGUUUUCUGCAGACUCCGAGAUGGGAAGAACCGAACUGACGUCCCGCGUGCUGGUUCUGGUCGGAACCGCGGCGGCCCAGACAGGUCAGGCCAGCCUCCCGGAGCGGCUGCUGCCCCAGUGGCUGACGGGGAUCGUCGCCGUCUGUGGCUUCCUCAUCCUCACCUUCAUCGCCGCGCUGGUGAAGAAGGUCUGGUGCGAGUCCAGCAGCAGGAGCUCCAACGUUGACGCCGCCUUCGCCGAGAUCAACCCGUACGAGAACAACCUGGACGGCCUGAGGCCGAGGAGCAGCCUGGAGUUGGAGAAGGGGCAGUACGAGACUCGGCUGGAGCUCAGCAGGGCCAGAGACGGCAGCAACGUUUACGACAACGUCAUCGCCACCGAGGAAAAAUCUACGGCCAUGUGACCGGCCAGCAGGCGUCCCAUUGGCUCCAGCCUUCCUUAAAUCAGAGUUUUAUCUUCCUGUUCAUCAUGUGAUCCAGUAACCCAUAGCAACCAGGUCCCUGUAGCUGUUCCAGAUGAAUCAGUUAUCUGAGCGGUUAAUGAUUCAUCGUUCAGUGAAAACACAAUGAAAUGUUUCUGUUCUGUUUUGUAAUAAACUGUUCUGAUCCGA